AUGAUGAUACUUAUACCAGCUAAUUGUAUAAAUAUAGCAUUUGCUCUUUACGGUGCAAUUAUUCAACCAGAAUCAUUUCCAAAUCAUUUAUUAUUUGUAUUUCUCGGUAAUUUAGCUAUUUAUUUAACAUAUUAUAUUUUAAUGAAAACUAUUCAUCGUGAACAUUUUACAAGAUUUUCAAUUCUAUUUCUUCUAUCAGCUAUAUUAUCUUGGUCAUCAUCAUUAUAUUUUUUUUAUCAACAAGUUAAAAGUUAUGAAGUUCAACCAGCAAUAUCACGUAUGCGUAAUCGUCCAUGUAUUAUAUUAAAUACAUAUGAUGUACAUGAUAUAUGGCAUAUAUUAUCAUCAUUUAGUUUAUUCUUUUCAUUUCUUACAUUAUUAACACUUGAUGAUGGAAUAAGAAAAAAAAAACGAAAAGAAUUAGCAGCAUUUUAA